AUGGCUGUCUCUUUGCCGCCCUCUCUGGGACUCAGUUCGGCCCCAGAGGAGAUCCAGCACCCGCAUAUUAAAUUUUCAGAAUGGAAAUUUAAGCUAUUCAGGGUGCGAUCCUUAGAAAAGGCUCCCCAAGAAGCUCACACGGAAAAGAAGGAGUCCUCAGAGGGGAAACUCCCUCUAGAGCAGUCUCCUUCAGACCCAGACAAGGCUGGUGAUGAGAAGCCGGCCUUGGCGCAACCAGCACUCAAGCCUCACCCUAAGUUUCUGAGGAAAUUCCAUGACGAUGAGAAGGCAAGAGACAAAGCCAUCCACCAAGCCCACCUCCGGCGUCUCUGCCGCAUCUGUGGGAAUUCCUUUAAAAGUGGGGAACACAGCAGGAGAUAUCCAGUCCACGGGCCCGUGGAUGGUAAAACCCAAGUCCUUCUACGCAAGAAGGAAAAGAGAGCCACUUCCUGGCCGGACAUCAUUGCCAAGGUUUUCCGGAUCGAUGUGAAGGCAGAUGUUGACUCCAUCCACCCCACUGAGUUUUGCCAGAACUGCUGGAGCAUCAUGCACAGGAAGUUCAGUGGCUCCCCGUGCGAGGUCUACUUCCCGAGGAAUGCGACCAUGGAGUGGCACCCCCACACGCCGUCCUGUGACAUUUGCCACCCUGCCCGCCGGGGACUCAAGAGGAAGGGUCAUGAGCCAAACGUGCAGCUCAGCAAAAAACUCAAAAUGGCACUUGACCGAGCAAGACAAGCGCGUCAGCGCAAGAAGAGGGCCCAGGCAAGGACCAGCAGCAAGGAUGUGAUGAAGCAGAUCGCCAACUGUGGUAAGAUCCAUCUGAGUACCAAGCUCCUUGCAGUGGACUUCCCGGCCUACUUUGUGAAAUCUAUCUCCUGCGGGAUUUGUGAACACAUCCUGGCUGACCCCGUGGAGACCAACUGCAAGCACGUGUUUUGCAGGAUAUGCAUUCUCCGAUGCCUCAAGGUCAUGGGCAGCUAUUGUCCCUCUUGCAGAUACCCCUGCUUCCCUACGGACCUGGAGAGUCCCGUGAAGUCCUUUCUGAGCAUCUUGAAUUCCCUGGUGGUGAAAUGUCCGGCCCAGGAGUGCGAUGAGGAGGUCAGCUUGGAAAAAUACAACCACCACGUAGCGAGCCACAAGGACUCCAAAGAGACUUUUGUGCAUAUUAACAAAGGAGGCCGGCCCCGCCAGCAUCUCCUGUCCCUGACCCGGAGGGCUCAGAAGCACCGUCUGAGGGAGCUCAAACUACAGGUCAAGGCCUUUGCUGAUAAAGAAGAAGGCGGAGACGUUAAGUCCGUGUGCCUGACCUUGUUCCUGCUGGCGCUGAGGGCGAGAAAUGAGCACCGACAGGCUGAUGAGCUGGAGGCCAUCAUGCAGGGACGUGGCUCUGGCCUGCAGCCAGCGGUCUGCCUGGCCAUCCGCAUCAACACCUUCCUCAGCUGCAGCCAGUACCACAAGAUGUACAGGACAGUGAAAGCCAUCACGGGGAGGCAGAUUUUUCAGCCUCUGCACGCCCUCCGGAGCGCCGAGAAGGUUCUCCUGCCGGGCUACCACCCCUUCGAGUGGCAGCCGCCUCUGAAGAACGUGUCUUCCAGCACUGACGUGGGCAUCAUUGACGGGCUGUCCGGACUGUCCGCCUCUGUGGACGAUUACCCUGUGGACACCAUUGCGAAGCGCUUUCGCUACGAUUCGGCAUUGGUGUCUGCUCUGAUGGACAUGGAAGAAGACAUCCUGGAAGGCAUGAAAGCCCAGGACCUUGAUGAUUACCUGAACGGCCCCUUCACCGUGGUGGUGAAGGAGUCCUGUGACGGAAUGGGGGAUGUGAGUGAGAAGCACGGGAGCGGGCCAGCGGUCCCCGAGAAGGCGGUGCGGUUCUCCUUCACAGUCAUGAGAAUCACCAUCGCCCACGGCUCCCAGGAGGUGAAGGUGUUUGAGGAAGCCAAGCCCAACUCUGAGCUGUGCUGCAAGCCCCUGUGCCUCAUGCUGGCAGACGAGUCCGACCACGAGACCCUGACGGCCAUCCUGAGCCCUCUCAUUGCCGAGAGGGAGGCCAUGAAGAGCAGCCAGUUGAUGCUGGAGAUGGGAGGCAUCCUCCGGACUUUCAAGUUCAUCUUCAGGGGCACCGGCUAUGACGAGAAGCUUGUCCGUGAAGUGGAAGGCCUCGAGGCAUCCGGCUCCGUCUACAUCUGCACCCUGUGCGAUGCCACCCGCCUGGAGGCGUCUCAGAACCUCGUCUUCCACUCCAUAACCAGAAGCCAUGCCGAAAACCUGGAGCGCUAUGAGGUCUGGCGAUCCAACCCCUACCACGAGUCUGUGGAAGAGCUCCGAGAUCGGGUGAAGGGGGUCUCGGCCAAGCCCUUCAUCGAGACGGUCCCUUCCAUCGACGCCCUCCACUGUGACAUUGGCAAUGCGGCCGAGUUCUACAAGCUCUUCCAGCUGGAGAUUGGGGAGGUGUACAGGAACCCCAAUGCCUCCAAGGAGGAGAGGAAAAGGUGGCAGGCCACGCUGGACAAGCAUCUCCGGAAGAAGAUGAACCUCAAGCCCAUCAUGAGGAUGAAUGGCAACUUUGCCAGGAAGCUCAUGACCAAAGAGACUGUGGAGGCCGUUUGUGAGUUGAUUCCCUCCGAGGAGAGGCACGAGGCUCUGCGGGAGCUGAUGGACCUUUACCUGAAGAUGAAGCCCGUGUGGCGAUCGUCAUGCCCGGCUAAAGAGUGCCCAGAAUCCCUCUGCCAGUAUAGUUUCAAUUCCCAGCGUUUUGCUGAGCUCCUCUCCACCAAGUUCAAGUAUAGGUACGAGGGCAAGAUCACCAAUUAUUUUCACAAGACCCUGGCCCACGUCCCUGAAAUUAUUGAGAGGGAUGGCUCCAUCGGGGCCUGGGCAAGUGAGGGCAACGAGUCUGGCAACAAACUGUUCAGGCGCUUCCGGAAAAUGAAUGCCAGGCAGUCCAAGUGCUACGAGAUGGAAGACGUCUUGAAACAUCACUGGCUGUAUACCUCUAAAUACCUCCAGAAGUUUAUGAAUGCUCACAAUGCAUUAAAAAACUCCGGGUUUACUAUAACCUCGCAGGAAAGUUUAGAGGACCCAUUAGGCCUAGAGGAUUCGCUAGAAACUCAAGAUUCAAUGGAAUUUUAA